UAACAUUUUUUGGUUUUCACUCCGUACAUGCAUGCAAAGCCAGCCUAGAAGCUGCAAACACCGCAACCACUGAUGAUUGUUAGCUUGUUGUAGAACCAGACUUUGAUGCAGUUAGCGAAAAACCUACUCCUUAAGCUUUAUUUGUUAUCGUUUGCGCACUCACUAGCAUCCUCUGGGCGAUUCUCGGCCCCCAACUGCUGGUUGCUGAGCCCUCAACCGAGGUCAUGUGAUCUUUCUCUUGUUUUUCUUCGCCGUAGACCGUUACGAGGUACACAGGUGUGCGCGGUCCACCCAGAAGUAUCAAAUUCGUAUAUUGCUUCUCAAAACCUAGAUUACAUAGCCUAACAAUUAAACAAUAGUGGUCUCGUUGUCAUGUGUCGCUGGGCCAGGGUGCCAUUCUUAGUGAUCUAGCAGGGUUUUGAAGGAGUAGGAAAUCGAUCAACUCUUUUUCCUCUACUUCUCUACACCUUGUCAAACUAAGAAUGGACUUGAAAGGAGUGCAGUACUUUCCAUUUACUCACCGGCACGCAUCUUCAUCAUCAGCUUGGGUGUAGCGCUGACCUGGUGAGAUAGGUUGCAGGUCUGAUAAGACUGCGGAGCUAAAGGUUCAUUGGAAUUUGACCUUGGAUCUUCUGAAUCGAGGGUCGAAUGGUUCGAGGGCCUGUGAUGUUUGGCAAAUUUCGGAUAGAUAUUUGGUUGGGUGGGAUAGAUUUGCGAACUCUUUUACCAAGUCGAAGACGAGUUUAGAAUCCGAUGAGGCAAGUGGAUCUAGUGAAGAAGUUCACAGUGACUUGAGUGAUCAAUGCCGGGCAUGUACACGACGGGUAUGGAGAAAACUCAUCAUGGAAACGGAGUGAAUGACAACGCCAGCCCAAGCGGUUAUUCGCUCGACUACGCAAGCUUCUUAGAUGGUGCAGAUAGCGCAUUGCAACAGCAAUUAUACCAAUAUCUCCAGGGCCCAUCGGUACAUAGAGAGAAUCAUCCGGGUCAAGUUGAGGAAGUAGACGGUUUCACAAAUGGUACUCCGCUUUACCAGACAGGUGCCGCCUCUUUUGAAGCUGGUCCAUCACAUUUUCAGUCAAUGCCUGUAGAGCCACUUCAAGCUCGCACAGAUGUCGUGCAGCAAAGCAUACUGGAUGGAUCUCUUUGUCACAGCGGACACAACGGAGGUCGGAUUUCCGAAUACGCCACUAACUCUGAUGCUGGUAGAUCAAUCCGAAAGCACAUUAAAGCCAUUGGGACGUCUACACCGGGAUGCCUGCAGCAGCUUUCCCCACUUGGAACCUUCCUCCCCCACCGGCAUCUUUACAGCACAAAUCAUCAACCUGGCUCCAACUUCGAAUGUGGAGUAUCUCAAGCUCCAGGUCGACCUAAAUUGGUCGAUGCCAGUGGGUCACCGAGCGUUUACAUUCCUAGAGAACGAUCAGGCUACGAAACUUCGUGCUCUCCGAACAGUCUAAAGAGAACACGCAGCGAGCUAGUGAUCCCUCAAUCACGUACUUUCCGAGGCCCCAAUUCUCAAGUUGUUGAUUCUGGACCAAAAACGAGUUUCAGACGACCAAAUGAUCAGGCUGGUCAUAUUAUCAGGGAACGACAACGAAGAGACGACAUGACGAACAAAUUUCUUAUCCUGGAGUCUUUGUUGCCUCCGGGGCCUAAGCGUGACAGGUCCACAGUUGUUGAUGACUCCGUUGAGUACGUGAAGAACCUUCAUCAGCGUCUGAAGGAUACACAGAAGAGGCGCGCAGACAUACUGAAGGCUCAUGCCGCUCUUUCCAGUGAGGUGCUAACCGUUCACACGCCGAAGCAGAACAACAGAGCGACAUGUCAUAACUUGUCCAGUCCAGAUCUGAGGAAAGUGGCCGUGAAUGCCGCAUUCAUCAGAACCAGCCCGGAAAGUAAGGAGAUCGACUCCGAUGCGAAGAAGAAGGCCAGCUGCAUCGACAACAUCCAGGUGCACGUGGACUUGCCGCACCAGAUCGUGAUUGAGAUGACGUGCCGAUCGCACCCCCACAUCCAGAGCCAGAUCAUGAAAGAGCUGGAGCGUCUCGCGAUGGACAUCUCCCGGUGCAGCAUGGCCAAGCACCAGGACAGGCUUGUGUGCGUUAUUAUUAUGAAGCCUCGAAUUGUGAGCAAAUCUCCGACCACGAGCGACGACAUCACGGAAGCUCUGAAACGCGCCCUUGUACCCGAAGCCUCGUAGCUCAUCCCCCAGUGAGAGCAGGCAGGCAAGGGCCCGGCGCUUGUAAUCUCUGUAAAUCCUCAUGGCUCUAGCUUCAUCACAGUUGUUGUGCGUAGAUAGCGGUGAAAUUCAGCUUUCUAGCAUCUAACCAGUUCGCUGUUUACCGGAGUGCAAUGGAAAUUUGAGCAGACCAGGUUGCAGAUUCAAUAAAGAAAACGAUUGAGAGCGCUCUUCUGAGUUGGCUCGGUGCUCAUCUCAGAGAGUGAGACCUAGUAGUGAUUCUGACAAUGAGAUCUGAUAUCAGUCCUGAUAGUGAGAUCGAUCAACAGAAGACGGUUGUGUACAGACUUAGCAUGAAACCUGAAUCGGAACCCUAACAUCUCAUGAUUCUGUUUUUUUCCAAUACAUAAAUGUUGGGAUCGGUGAAGACCAAACAUAUUCAUGACCUAAAA